CGGAGCGUUUUCCGUGCGUUCUGGGCAAAUCCAGCGGUGAAUGAAUUAAUGAAUCGAGCGGGACGAAGCAAGACGGAGUCUUUUCACUUGAGCUCAAGACCGUUCCGUUGUGCGGGGGGGGAAAUGUUUGUCUGUACGGGUACAGUAUUUAGGCGACAGGGGUUUGUUUAUCCUAGAAUGGAAUAACGGGGUUAAUAUCGCAUCAUCUGGACCACUACGCGACAGUACAGAGUUGAAUUUUAAAAAUGUUCUAAAUCAUUCUUCUUCUACAUUGUUCUUCUGCCAAAGACGAAUUCUUCUGAUUUCUUCUGAGAGAUGUUCACCAGGAGCCUAUCUGAUGAACACACUCCAUGGUCAGAGGACUGCAGAGAUACUGGACUGCAUUCCAACCAGAGGUGACAUCUAGUGGCAACUUCACUCUCAACAUAUUGGUGUCUCCAGAAUAUGCCCUCAGGACGGCAGCGCUAUGACCUUGAACCUGAACUCGUCCAGCUCUUCCCCCACUGUAGACCCCAGUAUGUACCUGAACAACAGCUCCCCGGGGUUGAGGGUCUACGCCGACAACGCCAUCCUGGGCCUGGGCCUUGUGCUGGACAACGACUCCAUUACCAGGGACCUCACCAACCUGACCAGCCUGUCCAACGCCUCCCUCCUUGACCCCACGGUGACCUAUGACCCUCUGGGAGGUCACACCAUCUGGCAGGUCAUCCUGAUCGUGUUCCUCACCGGGUCUCUGUCUCUGGUCACCGUCGUUAGGAAACAGUCCUGGUUGCUUCAUCUCCUUCAAGGAAACAUCCUGGUGCUCAUCUCCUUCAAG